GCGGCGGUAAGCAUUUCAGGCAACCGGAUCAAAUCGAAAUGUUGAGCGUUUAAAUGGUCUUUGUUUUGGGAAGACUCCCAGUCCCUAUUUCCUUAUUUGAAAGCUAAAGAAAUGUAUGACAGUCAACAGUUAAGAUGGAGGAAAACCAGUUUACUUCACUGACGGUUCCCUCGGAUUAUUUUCAGCAGUGGUACCAGUCCAGCCAGCAGUACCCUGAGGUACAGCAUGUGGCACCCUAUCCCAGCAUGGACCAUUACACCGAAGGCCCCGUGGAUGAGCCUGUCAUGGCCGAGCUAUCUGUCCACCGGGAUCCAAAUUUUUAUCAGGAACCUUUUUACCCGAACUACCUUCCAGCCCCAAAUCAUUACCCGGAGCAGGUGUCUCAGCAGAACAUCAGAGAGCACCAGCAGCACCCAGAUCUUGCACUCCUGCACCACCCACAGCAUCAACAUACACAACACAUACAGCAUGCACAACACACGCAGCAUACACAGCAGCAUGGGCCGAGUAUUCAGCACCAGUCUUCAGGUCCACCUAAAGACGUGACACCAGUGAAGAAGAAGAGAGGUCGACCUCCGAAACAACAAGCAGAGGAUGGUGAGACACGUGAGGAGGACGACGAGGUUGAGGCUGCCAAAAAAGCCAAGAGGGCUCUCAACCGCUUCAACGGCAUGUCAGUGGCUGAAGUUAUGGCUAAAACACUGCCAGAUGUGAUUACUUACAAUCUCGACAUUUUGAUAAUUGGAAUUAAUCCAGGCCUAUUGUCAGCUUACAAAGGACAUCAUUACCCAAACCCAGGGAACCAUUUCUGGAAAUGUCUGUUUCUGUCGGGUCUAACUGACCAGCAACUUAACUACAUGCAUGACCAGAGCCUGCCAGAGAAAUACAGCAUCGGCUUCACCAACAUGGUAGAAAGGACCACACCUGGCAGCAAAGAUCUCUCCAGUAAAGAGAUCCGUGAAGGAGGCCGACAGUUACUUGAGAAGCUACAAAAAUACAAGCCAUUAAUAGCAGCGUUUAAUGGAAAAGGUAUUUAUGAAACCUUCUGCAAAGAAACCUUUGGUGUGAAGGCCAAGAACCUUGAGUUCGGACUACAGCCGUACAAAAUUCCCGAAACUGAAACGGUGUGCUACUUGAUGCCGUCAUCAAGCCCCCGCUGUGCUCAGUUUCCCCGUGCACAAGAUAAGGUACAUUUUUACAUCAAGCUGAAGGAACUGAGAGACCAGAUGAAAGGCCUGGCACCGAGCCGUGAGGUGGUAGAGACAGAGUACUCUUUCGACCUGCAGCUAGCUAAAGAGGAUGCUAAAAGGAUUGCAAUCAAAGAGGAGCAGCUGGAUCCAGAGUAUGAAAGCUGUAGUGCGCUGCAUGAAGAAACCAGGCACAGCAACAACUCCUCGAACUAAAAGAGAUUCAGGGGAGGAGAAAAAACAAGCCUGUCUACUGGAGCACUCAGGUAGUGUAGUUAUCAUGUAGUCAGAAGUUGAUGAAAUGGGACAACUAAACAACUUUUAUAUAAAAAUCUAAGGAGAUUUUUAUGUACUUUUUCUGGCACUUCCUUUCAGAAAAAGAGAAAAAAAAUCUAAGUGUGAAUUUUAGUAAAAUAAAGGUUGGCACAGUAGCAUUAGUGAACUUUUGUUUGUUUCUUUUACCUGAAGAGAAUAAUAUUCAUACAGUGUAUUUCCCUUCACGGUUUUACUCUGGAAUCGCAUCCCACCUGCAGUAGCUCUGUGCUCCAUCAGUGGGGUCUGCCCCACAGCUUGAGAACCACUGGAUUAAACAGUUUGGAGCAAAUGACAUAAAACACAUGAAACUUGACAACUUGAAAUUAUUUGUGUGUUUAUUCACUCAAAAGUAGCUUAUGUGUCCAUCCAUCGUUUUUUUGUUUUUUUUUUGUCUGCUUAUCCAAUUUAGGGUUGGAAGGGGGCUGGAGUCUAUCUCAGUCACAGCGAAAAAGGCGGGGUACACCUCGGACAGGUCGCCAGUAAAUCACAGGGCUAGAGACAGACAACCUUUCAUGCUCAUAUUCCCAUCUAGGGCCAAAUAAGAGUUUUCUUUUAACCUAACCCUUGUAUGUGUUUGGACUGUGAAAGGAAGUUGGAGUACCAUAAGAGAACCCAAUGCGAGCAUGGCGAAAACAUGUAAACCUCACAUAUAAAGGCCCAUUCACAUUAUAUGCUCAUAAGCUUAUAAUGAUGUGUAACACCUCGGGACAUUUGCUCAACAGAUACCAAAUACCAGCUGACUUAGUAGCCUCACCGAGGAUGAGAAGUAACACUGUGAGAGAAGAAGACCUCUGUUCCCAAGACAUCAUAGUGUCAUGCACAAAACAGAAAAGCCCCCACAGCACUCAGACAUGUGCAUGUUUUUGGUGUUAUUGUUUUUUAAACACUAUUUAUUGAAUUUUUAUUAAACAUGUUUCAAGUGACUUAUUUUGUAUUUUCAUAGGCUCGUAUUUUUUUCAUUUAUUGACUGUAUACUCUGGAAUUUCUAAUGUGUAAGUGCAGAGUUAUUAAAUCUGUAAAUUAA